AGCCAGUGAAUAUCCUACUUAAUUUCAACUUGACUGCACAGUUGGCAGUACUUACUCUGUUGGUUCCUUGCAACACAAUAUCUUUGUCUUCGUUGUUGUCGUCGCUCGGAUCAUCAGUCAGCCACCGCACUUAAAUCCGCGUCUAUCAGCAGUGCAACCCAACACUUUUUGACAGCCGACGUCGCUGUCUCUCAUAUUUCAUUGAAAAAUUCAAUGCGGACAUAAUACUCGCUCUGCCAUCGCCUGUCCAAUUGUUACCAAGGUGUUUAUGCCCUGUGGCGGCGCAGACUUUCCGUUUUCGAGGUCGUGUGAUUGAAUCUACUGGAAGACCUCUCGCAGAGAGCUCUACAUUCCAGGGAAGAGUCCCCUCGCAAGAGGAUAAAGCUAUCCACGGUCUCAGAUUCGAGCGCAGACAGCCAUCCGAAGAAGAUGGAGGAAGGCUAUACGAAUGGUCGCAACCAUGCGCAAUUCCUACAACACAUACUUCAGAACGGACACUCGAGCGACACGAUAUCGCGUGCAACAUCUCCAGGUUUUGGAUUUAGCUCCAAUGGAAUCAAUUCCGAGAAGGAGAAGCGGUACCUCCCGCGAACCUACCCCUACUUCGAGCUAUUACCAUACAAAGUUGAGGAGGAAGCGGAACGGAGUGCGGCAUUAGAAGAGAUAUUAAGGCAGCUUUAUAUUGCCGUCAAGGCGGAAGACAUAUCACCAGGCGCUGUGCAUUGGACGAGAGAGCUUCGAGGAUGGCUGAAUCUCAAAUUCGAGAUCUCGCGAGAGCUGCGAGUGAAGCUUGUCAAGAUGUAUUACAUGCUAGCUUUAGCUCCCGGGAUGGACUGGGUAGCUACAGAUAGAUUUGAGAGCAUGUUUAGAUUUCUGAUAAAGAAAAAACAUUACCUUAAGCCUGGGGAGGAUCUGUUACUCGAUUGGCGACCACUAUGGAAAGAGAUCAAAUCCAUUGUAUUACCAUCCGAAAUGGCUACAAAUCAGGGAGGACGCAAACGAAGCCACAAGAACAUUGCCAACAUGUGUGCUUUUGCAGCCCAAUACUUUGAUCCUAGGGAACGGCAGGCUAUGUUGGAGGAGGUUCUACCAUACUUCAGUACUUCCGACAUAACAGGAGCUUUCAUUGUACUUGGUACAUUAAACUUCCUCAUGCCGACACACCCUGCUCCAAAUGAGCCUGGCCAGCUCCAACCCCAAGAUUAUCUUCCAACUUUCUUCCAUUUAUGGUCGCUGGUCAACCGCUCGAAGGCUGUUGACAAUAUCUUCUUCGACCUCUUUUCAAGAUUAGCUCGAGACUCUUUAAGCAGUGGCCACGUUGAGUUUUCGGAAUUUGGUAUCUUCACGAAAGACCAAUCAGACCUCAUCUUCACUGCUCUGUUACGUUUGACUGAGAUUCCUGUCGGCCAAGCAUCAUCACCGUAUAGCGGCAUGGUUGAUCUUGGCGCGGGUCUUGGCAUGUACCUGGAGAGAGACAAGAAGAAGGCACCGGUAGGAUAUUCUAUUGCGCGAUGGAUUGUUAUGUCCUUAUCGCCAUUAUGUAUAGACAAACCGGGCUCAAUCCUCUCGAAUCUUGAAGGCCUAAUGGUGUCUAUCGACACAUUUUUCCAUCCAUCAAAUAAUGGUGCCUGGACGGAUAUGCUAGCUCAAAUCGUCUUUCACCUCGUUGACUUCUUCGUUAUGCGCUGGAAUCGAGAGCAGAGUGGAGAGUUAGACACUCCUCCCGAGCGUCGUAUCAACGAUGCCUUGAAGAGAAGAUUCGUUCUGAGCUUGAAAGAAGUUAUGUUCAUGGGAUUAUUCUCCAAGAAGGCGAAAUCUCUGAAUGCUUAUUUUGGAGCGAUACAAGGCCUAUCUUAUCUUGAACCGCAUCUGAUAUUGCCUGGCGCCCUUCAGCGCUUCUACCCUUCCCUUCAGGGACUGGUGGAAGUACAUCGAACACAAUCUUCGCUUUGCGGGCUCCAACUAUGCGCCAAUGUGCUAACCAAGCACAAAGGUUUGCGAUGUCACGUUACCGCGUUACUCGCCUUGGCAUUACCUGGUAUCGAUGCAAAUGAUCUGACGAAGACCAUGCAUACCUUGGAUUUCAUUAAGUCUGUGGCAUACAGUAUUCCGUUUGUCGACCUCACAAAGGAGCAUAGCGAGAUCCACGAUUCAUCCUUGGCUAUUCAAUGGGUACAAGGCGAAAUGGAGCGAAUGGAGAGAGAGGGUCCAAACAUUGAGAUUGACUACAGGACUGAGCUAAGCAAUGAAGAUGAGGCCAAUAUUCUGCGAUCAUCUACAGCUGGUUUCGGGGAUUUUGUGUUGUCUUUACUUGGGAGAAUCUUCACUCUUCUAGAGAACCUACCGGAACUCUCUCGGGCACGCUCUGGAUCCCCUGAGGAGAGUGUCAUCAACACUUUACCCGCAGCAUUGACCCCUCUAUUCGCUUCGCUCUCCCCUGAGAUCUUCGACAUGGCUCUGGAAAAGGUUGCUACUUUUGUGGGAGGACAUGUGGUCCACCAGGCUCGAGAUGCAAUGGCUUUCAUUUGCAAUUCGCUUUGCAAGGCCAACCCAGAAAAGACCCUCAAGAUCUUCAUUCCCAUGCUAAUUGUUGGUAUUCGCAAUGAGAUUGACUAUAACGACGCCGCAUCGGAUAGAAGUAGCGGCAGUGACGUGCUUCCCCGAGAUCGUGCCCUGGUGUGGCACAUCAGCAUGCUGAGCAUGAUCAUUGUUCACAUUGGUGAUGGCCUCAUGCCAUACAAGAAGGAGCUUUUUGAUAUUGCUCUGUAUAUGCAGGAGAAGUGCCGCGGCAUCCCAACGAUUCACAUCUCCAACUACAUCCACCACUUACUCCUUAACUUGACUCUGAUCUACCCAGUGGAUGGUUCUUUGUACGAACCAGAGGUCUUCAAGAGAGGUCUAGAUGUGGAAGACUGGGGCAGAAUGACCAAGCCAACAGAGCUCACCAUCAACUGGCAUUAUCCUUCCGAUGCAGAGAUUGAGCUCGCGGUCGAGUUAUUCGAGUCCCAGGUCAAGACUGCAAUCGAACGGCUCACAAACUUGACGGGUCCGAAUCCAGCUGUUAGCAGAAAGGGGAAGAAUAAAGAGUGGUCAGACGAAGUUUCACGGAACCUGGCACAAUUGCGACUCAUCACUUCAGGUAUCGCUACGUUGUUUGACCCCAAGAAAGCUUCAGGUCAACUUGACAGGGGACAUGACCAUGAUGGUGACAUCCCCAUGAACGGAGAAGCUGCGAAUGGAGAUGACGAAAGUGACGAAGACAACCCACUUGCUGAGGCCGCAGAGGAUGAGGAAACCAGACCUCAAUUCCAUUAUAGGGCUGGUUAUCUCUUGGAGAGAAAUAGUGCCACAUAUCUUCACAUCCACAAAUUACGCGAGGAUGUGGGUCAACUCUUGUCCAGAAUUCAUGGGUUCUUGACCCAGCACCAAGAAGAUGAUGUGGCGUGCUUCACUGCGCUGUACCAGGCUUACAGAACCUGGAUCACGGAUGUGGGUAACGAGCGAUCAGCCCACAUGUAUGAACGGGUCAGCAAACUCUAUGAUGCAGACGUUCGCGCUUUCAAAGUCACCGGAUUGCGAAAAGUAUAUCCAAGACCUCUAUUGAUCAAGCGAGCCGGGAUCUACCACUUCCACAGAGCUAAACAUAACUCGUCUGCUCGACACAAAUCUGACCUCGAUAAGAAGCUGCUCCUUGAGCUCGCUUCGUCUUCUGUAUCCCUGUAUGCAGAAGUUCGUAUCAAUGCACAAUCGGCACUUGAGUCUGCUCUGAAGAGCCUUAUCGGAGGACGUCCUCUAGUUAUUCCACCUCUCUUAAGCACAUUCAGAAAAGCUCUAGAUGAGAACGACUUUGAUCGCAUUAAAGGCUCCAUCUUUGCUUUGCUCUACGGAAGCUUGACAAAAACCAUGUCCAAGGAUUGGCGUUUCGCCCCUGAGUUAAUUGAUCUAUACAUCAAAACGGUUACAGUAGACAAGCCAUCCAUACAAAAACUCAGCAAUCAGGUCUUAUACGGUGGACUUCUUGACUUUGGCAAAUCUCUCGAGAACUUCCUUGUCAUAGAUCAUGAGCUUGUGGGUAUCUUCGAGCCUAGAUUUGAUUGCUCGGAAAAGAUUUCCGCCAGGCACAAAUUCAUUCUGGAAAGACGAGAUAAAGUAGAGGAGAAGAAAUCAGCAUUAGCUUUGAAGCUGAUUGAGACGAGCAAGAAUUCCCAUUGGAAGAUAGCUGGCCGAUGCACUCUCUUCAUUCUCAAUGCAGGUGUUCGGGUUCAGAGCAUUGCACCGCCGUCUUUAGUCGAGAUAGCUAUCAACGGUGCCAUCAAUGACCACCCAGGACUUCGCGCCAGCUACGCCGAAGCCAUGUUGCGCAUUUUCAAUCAUCUAGAAACUCGAGCAGUCUAUGGCCAUAGCGUUGAGAACUUUGUGCGCGAGAUUGAGAAUCCCGUUAACCGCGUCGAAGUGACAGUUCCGAAGGAUGAUCCGAACUGGACCCAGAAAUUUCUGGAAGCAUUUGCCAAGCCGGAGAUACCUGAAUACUUUGUCGACAGGGACUUUCCAGGGUGGCUUGUCUGGGGAAAGAAGUUCAGAGCAACUAAAGGCCAUCCAGUUGACUUCGAAGACUAUGACGAUCUCGAGAACUCCAUCAGGAAUCAGAUGGGGGCACUUCUGACUCGGGAAUGGUAUCAGAAGUACUUCGGUUACAUGAAACAAGAACCACGGGAUUCGACUGCAGACCGAUUCAGAGUUCACAAUGCCGCACUUCUCAUCCAGACCUUUGAUCUUACAUUUAGUGGAGUUACUUCUGCAACCUUUGAAGAUAUCAAAGACUUGGUCAAGGCAACUUUCGAAGAUGGCAGCGACAAGCAUCAGCACCGUGCUACAGCGGAAAUCAUGGCAGCCCUGCUUCUCUCACCCCUUGAGCGAGACCUGAAAGUCCGAAACAAAGUAUGGGCGUACGCAGUGCCUAUCAUGUUGGAUGUCUUCGCUGAUGGACUUACUCCUGAGAACAUUACGUACUGGAUGACUUGCUUGCAUAUGAUCAUUGGAGGCAGAGAUCCCCGACAAGCCCAUGAGAUCAUUGACAGACUCGCUUCCUUCCGACUCGACAUGUCAUCCAAUGCAGCAUUCAAGGAAAGCAGCAAAGUCCAGCUUCUGGAAUUCGCCAUUCAAGAUGCUGGAUGGCAUUUCAGAUUAGAGAAGCCUAUCCUAGACGACUUCCUGGCUCAUAUCGAUCAUCCGUACAAGGCGGUACGAGAAUCAGUCGGACGCACAAUCGCCUCUAUCUACCGCACACGCUAUUAUGAAGCAUUCAAGGAUGUUGACACCCUGUUGAAAGAGAACAAGGCGUCUUCCUCCAUCGGCGUCAAGCCAUAUGUCCCAGAAGAGCAGUAUUCAGCAAAGAUUAAGGAUGUCUUCAAUCGACUUGAGGUGUGGCGUGGGGAGCGAACACCUGGUCAACAGACACCGUCGUCGUAUACCUCAGGAAGCAAGACUGUUUUGCUUUGGCUUGACACAACAUUGCAGUCCUACGAGUGCACGCAACUGCUCGACUUCUUCCCAGAUGUGUUUAUGGAGCAACUCUUACACAUGAUGGACGUAAAGGAAGAUCCCGAACUUCAGAGAUUGGCAUAUCUGGUUUACCGCCAUCUGCCCAAUGUUCCUUUCCGCGCAGGUGAAGAUGGUGAAUUCAUAUCAGCUCUUAUCCGCAUCGGCAAAGUAUCGACAUCAUGGCACCAACGUCUGAGAACUUUGAUCAAUAUGCAGUGCAUCUAUUUCCGCCGUAUAUUCCUCAUCAAGCCCGAGCAACAGCAAGCCCUUUUCGCUGCUGUCGCAGACAUGCUUGAAGACACUCAACACGAGGUCCGUUCUGGCGCUGCUACAACUUUGUCGGGCAUGAUUCGAUGCUCGCCUGUUGCCCUCAGGAACAACAUACUAUCUGCAUUACGAAAGAAGUUCACGAAUGCAUUAUUGAAGAAUCCAAUGCCGAAGAAGUCGCCUGGCACGAGUACACCAGUCAACACAAACCAGCAGGUCAUUCGUCGGCAUGCCGCUGUGCUUGGUCUUGGUGCUCUGGUCACUGCAUUCCCCUACGUGACUCCACCUCCAGACUGGAUGCCUGAGAUUUUGGCCCUGCUCGCUUCGAGAGCAGCAAACGAUGCAGGUGCAAUUGGGAAGACGGUGAAGACCAUAUUAGCGGACUUCAAGAAGACGAGACAGGAUACCUGGGUUACUGAUCAAAAGUACUUCACACCGGAACAGCUAGAGGAUUUAGAAGGGGUGUUGUGGAAAUCGUACUUUGCAUAGUUCGUCGUCGUUCAUUGAUAUGGAAACGGGUUACACGCAUAGGAUAAGGAGUUUUCUGGUUUUCUUGCCUGUGUCUGUAUUAUGCUGCUCAAGGUUGGGGACGGGUGGUGCUUGAGGCUCGUUCAUUGCGAGGUGUGCUGGCGCUCGCUGGUACCGGCUUAAUGGUUUAUGUUGCAUCGUUAGCAUUGAGUACUUGUACAGGAAUGAGAAAUGACCGCUUUCAAAGAUGAGAAGUGUUAAAUACAAUUGCG